AUGCCGGCCUUCGACGAGGCGCUGCAGCGCGCCGGCGAGUUCGGGCGCUUCCAGCGGCGCGUGUUCCUGCUGCUGUGCCUGACGGGCGUCACGUUCGCCUUCCUCUUCGUGGCCGUGGUCUUCCUGGGCAGCCGGCCCGAGCGCUUCUGGUGCCGCGGGCCCGGGGCGGCCGCGCUGGCCGAGCGCUGCGGCUGGAGCGCCGAGGAGGAGUGGAACCGCACGGCGCCCGCGGGCGCGGGGGGCAGCUGCCGCCGCCUCCAGCUGGAGGCCGCCGGUGCCCUCGCCAACGCCAGCGCCUCCGCCUGCGCCGACCCGCUCGCCGCCUUCCCCAACCGCUCGGCGCCGCUCGUGCCCUGCCGGGGCGGCUGGCGCUACCUCCAGGCCCGCUCCACGGUGGUCAGCCAGUUCGACCUGGUGUGCGGCAACGCCUGGAUGCUGGACCUCACGCAGGCCAUCCUGAACCUGGGCUUCCUGGCCGGGGCCUUCACCCUGGGCUACGCGGCGGACAGGUACGGCCGGCUCGUGGUGUACCUGAUCUCCUGCUUCGGCGUGGGCGUCACCGGCGUGGUGGUGGCGUUCGCACCCAACUUCCCCGUGUUCGUGGUCUUCCGCUUCCUCCAAGGCGUGUUCGGGAAGGGGACAUGGAUGACCUGCUACGUGAUCGUGACGGAGAUCGUGGGUUCGAAGCAGAGGAGGAUUGUGGGGAUCGUGAUUCAGAUGUUUUUCACGCUGGGGAUCAUCAUUCUCCCGGGAAUCGCCUACUUCAUCCCUAACUGGCAGGGCAUCCAGCUGGCCAUCACGCUGCCCAACUUCCUCUUCCUCCUCUAUUACUGGGCGGUCCCCGAGUCGCCCCGCUGGCUGGUGACGCGGAAGAGAGGCGACGAGGCCCUGAAGAUUCUGCGGAGCAUCGCCAAGUGCAACGGGAGGUACCUCUCGCCCAGCUGCUCGGAGAUCACUGUGUCAGAUGAGGAAGUUAGUAACCCAUCCUUUUUAGAUCUGGUGAGAACUCCCCAAAUGAGGAAGUGCACCCUAAUCCUUAUGUUUGCGUGGUUCACCAGCGCCGUGGUGUACCAGGGGCUGGUCAUGCGCCUGGGCAUCCUGGGUGGCAACCUGUACAUGGACUUCUUCCUGUCCGGAGUGGUGGAGCUGCCCGGGGCCCUCCUCAUCCUCCUCACCAUCGAGCGCUGCGGACGCCGCCUCCCCUUCGCCGCCAGCAACCUCCUGGCCGGCGUGGCCUGCCUGGUCACCGCGUUCCUCCCGGAAGGAACGCCCUGGCUGCGGACCACGGUGGCCACGCUGGGGCGGCUGGGCAUCACCAUGGCCUUCGAGAUCGUCUACCUGGUCAACUCGGAGCUGUACCCGACGACGUUACGGAACUUCGGCGUCUCGCUCUGCUCCGGGCUGUGCGACUUCGGCGGCAUCAUCGCGCCCUUCCUGCUCUUCCGCCUGGCGGCCGUCUGGCUGGACCUGCCGCUCAUCAUCUUCGGUGUGCUGGCCUCUGUGUGCGGCGGCCUCGUGAUGCUUCUGCCUGAGACCAAGGGCAUCGCCCUGCCGGAGACGGUGGACGACGUGGAGAAGCUGGGCAGCCCGCCCUCCUAUCGGUGCGGCAGGAAGCAGAAGACCCCGGUGCCCGGGGCCCCCCUGUGA